CUGCCUACAUCGUAUAAGAUAUUAAUUUACUAUUUCUAAAAGGAAGUUUAAAUUUUUAGAUGAUCGCAAUGAUUGCUCUCGUUAAUAUUUGUUUCUUUUUAACAUCAUUUAUAAGUUGCUCCACAGGAAUGACUUUCAGAGAUUUGGAGUUUGCUUACAGGAGAGAAGUACCUUACUAUUCUAGAAAUGAGACCUUGUUCAGCACCACAAACCAAUCUUUCAUCGCUUCAUACGGACGAUGUGCCGAACAGUGUAUCGAGGAUUUGAGUUGUAACGCUUUAGAACUGUGUUCCAUACCAGGUGGUUCUGAGUGCAGGGCUACCACUGGUCUGCUCAAUACAGCGUCUCAGACAUACAGGACUGAGACUUGUAAACAAUUUGUAAUGGACUUGUCGUGUGGUGACGAUUCCUUUCCAGAUAGAAGACAGGGCCUUUGUAUAUUUGAUGACUGUUCAGACUGUGAUUGUGUCAGAAAAUACAAAACAGAGUCUGGAGGGUACGGUUUAAAUAUGGAUGGGAAUCCAGUGUUUGUUUUAUGUGAAUUUGAAUCUAAUCAAACCUGGACGGUCAUUCAGAAUAGACAUAACGGAUCUGUCGACUUUGACAGAGGUUGGCAGGAAUACACAGAUGGAUUUGGAUCAGUGCUUACUGAGUACUGGAUAGGAACUGAAUAUAUCCAUCAACUGACCCUGUCUGGAUUAACGACAAUAAAAAUUGAUCUGGAAGACCAUGACGGAAACAAAAGAUAUGCAGAGUAUAGCUUGUUCAAUGUGUCUGAUGGGAAUGAUCACUAUAGGCUGUCCAUAUCAGGUUAUUCCGGAACUGCUGGUGACACAAUGUCAUCUGUUAAUGGAGAUGAAAAAGCUGAUGGAGAAAUGUUUAGUACCUUUGAUAAUGACCUUGACACUUCCGGUAAAAACUGCGCUGCACAAGGCAGAAGCGGCUGGUGGUAUGGAGGAUGUACUUAUAGCAGCAUAAACGGCGAAUAUGAUAACAACAGCAAUAAUAAAGGAAUCAACUGGAAAACUUUUAGAGGAAUGGGCUACUCUCUGAAAGCGUCGAAAAUGAUGGUUAGACGUUCAUAAACUAUAGUGGUACCAGUGUAAAGAACGCGUCGUGUUACAUGUAAUAGCACUUAAAAAUAGUUUAAGGGGGGUGUGUGGCUAUAUUGUACAUUUGAGGAUAAGAAUGUAAACAUUUCUUAAACUGGCUUGUUUAUAUCUGAAAUUGGUCUAAAAUAUCGCCAAAAGAUAUUAAAGCAAUAAUUAUGAAGUCCUUUGUUUGAAAAUUAUGCAAAAAGGAACGGGACAUUGCCUUUUUAAUCACUCAGCUGUGGAACUGCGCUAAAGACUUCUUUUUAAGAUUUAAAAAUCUGCAUAACUAUGAAGAGGGUCCAUUGGUGUCCUCUCUCCAACCGUUUGUUGAGAAUAAUGUCUAAGCUUGCUUAUUUAAGUUGUAACUUUGUCUCAAAUUAGGGUAUAAUAUUCUUAAAAUGGGCCCCAAAAAGCACAAGAUAUAUUUGUCUGUGUCUAUGAAGGUACAUUGAAGUUAUAUUUUCAUUAAAAUAUAAUGUUUACUCUUUAAUUUAAGAUAAUUACUUUUUUGACUUCUGCCCUACUUCUAAAAAGAAUUUAAAUUAUACUUAUAGAACUGAAAACACCCCCGUAAAACAAACAUGAGACUGAUAAAGAUAUAUAUAU